AUGCACAGCAGGAUUUCAGAGCCUGAACCACGGUCACCUCUUCGUACACAAAUCUAUGUCACAACACCACCAUCUGCUGCACCGAUCGAAGCCAUGCUACACAUCAACGAAGCCUGUGUAGGCAGCGAGCGAACUGUCCGUGGCAUCAAGACCGUACCGGCCCCGAAGCCUCACGAUAUCGACCGCAACGAGCAAUGA